AAAUCACAUUCUGUCAAGCUCUCGGAUAUUAAUGAUGUUUUGUCAUCUUAUUGCAGAGAGAAGGGCCUCGUCUUGAUCAACUACGCCACCGGGUGUAUCUUCGAGUACGAUUCUGGCCACCCCCUUGGCUCCGGCGUCGGGUUUAAGGAGGAGGACACUCCUAACUUCGUCGGAUCGUUCUAUUCCAAGACCGAGGCCAUGGUGGAAGAACUUCUCAAGAACUAUGAGAAUGUCUAUACAUUGCGCGUCAGAAUGCCCAUCUCGUCGGACUUGUCCAACCCUCGGAACUUCAUUACAAAGAUCACUAGGUAUGAGAAGGUAGUGAACAUACCAAACUCAAUGACAAUCUUGGAUGAACUACUCCCAAUCUCCAUUGAAAUGGGAAAGAGAAAUCUCACUGGAAUAUGGAACUUCACAAAUCCUGGCGCGGUCAGCCACAAUGAGAUAUUAGAGAUGUAUAGGGAAUACAUUGACACCAACUUCACAUGGAAGAACUUUAAUCUUGAGGAGCAGGCAAAGGUGAUCAUUGCCCCAAGGAGCAACAAUGAGCUCGAUGCCUCCAAAUUGAAGGCAGAAUUCCCUGAACUCUUAUCCAUCAAGGAGUCACUCAUUAAGUACGUAUUCAAGCCAAAUCAGAAGACUGCUGGAGCCUAGUAGUUUUAUGCUCCAACUUUACUUAUUGAGAUUUGCUUUAUUUUGUGCUUGCGGGAUGAUGUGAUUUAUCCACCAUAUGGGUUCCCCCUUCUUCCCAUUUGACAUACACGAUUGCCCUAUUGGUAUUUGAAUGUUGUAUUUGUAAUUUGACGAUGAAUAAAUUAGUUGGAACUGUUCUUUUGAGUUGCAA